AUGGGGUUCAUUGGAAGAGGACAUACUUGGUCAAGUAAUAAUAAAGGCACAGGUAAAAAAAGAACAAGAAUUGAUAUGGCUCUAGUUAAUGCAGAAUGGAAUUCUCAGUUUCAAGAUUCUAAAUUACUUCACUUAAGUCAGAAUGGAAGUGAUCAUUGUCCCAUCAUGCUGGCACUACCUUUCUCAAGAGAAAAAACUUUAAAAGCUGAGAUGAUCUCCAAGGAGUUGGAUAAAUGGCUCCAGAUUCAAAAUGAUUUUAAUAAACAAAAAUCUAGAGAUAACUUUGUCAAAGAUAUGGACUACAACACAAAGUACUUCCAUACUCUAACAAAGAGGAAAAGAGAAAGAAACAAUAUUGACUCUUUAAAAGACUUUGAGGAAUGGUGUCAGCUAAUACAUCAGUGCAUAACCACUACUUCUCUGUCUGUGCUGCUAAAUGGAUCUCCAUGUGAUGAUUUCCAUCCAACAAGAGGCAUAAGACAAGGAAUUUCAGCUGAUCUGUUAUCUCCUUAUCUAUUCAUACUAGCUAUGAAGUGGUUUUCUAGAACUAUGGUUGUUGCUCAUCAUUCUAAAAUCAGUAAAGGAAUUUCAGCUGCUAGAAGGGCACCACCAGUUAAUCAUAUACUCUUUGCAGAUGAUUGUAUCAUUUUUACUCAUGCUAAUUUAACCAGUGUGAAUAAUCUCCUUCAAGUUCUUCAGGAUUUUAGUUCUCAAUCUGAUCAAGUCAUUAAUUUUGACAAAUCAGCUAUCCAUUUUAGCAAUAAUUUGGAUCCCAGCAUUUGUAACACUUUAAGUCAAAUCUUAGGUGUUAAACCUAUGGAUAAAAAUGAGAAAUAUCUGGGUUCUUCUCUCAUCAUUGGCAAUUCCAAGGUCAAGGAUUUUGAAGAUAUCCAGUUAGCAUUUGAAAGAAGGCUAGGAAAUUGGCAAGGUACAACAAUGCAUCAAGCUGGCAGAACCACCAUGGUAAAAGUUGUGCUUAAUUCUAUUCCUACUUACCAAAUGAGCUCUUUUAAAAUACCUAAAAAGCUUUUGAAGAAGUUAGAUUCUAUUCAAAGAAGGUUUUGGUGGGGAUACAAGUCCAACAUAGGAACUAAUCUAAUUUUUUGGAAAAAUAUGUGCACAUCCAAAGAUCUUGGAGGCUUAGCAUUCAGAGAUUCAGAAAUGUUAAAAAUCAUGCUUUACUUACAAAACUUCCUGCAUAUUGGUUCUGAAAAGAACAAUACUUCUUGGGUUUGGAAAGGGAUUGAGCAGGGUUUGUUUAUUCUUCAACAACAUUACUGCUUUGAAGUCAAUAAUGGAAAAACAACAAGAAUCUGGAUGGAUAGAUGGAUUAUAGGAAUGUCAGAUAAAGUGGAGCCAAUUGAUCCUUCUCAUCUCCAAUAUGUUUUUGUUAGUGAACUCAUCAUAACUGAAACUAAUAGUUGGAAUUUGUCUCUACUUAACACACUUUUUCUUCCUGAAGUGGUGAAUAAGAUCAAAGCAAUGCAGCUAUCUACUUCUGAAGAAGACGUUCUUAGAUGGAUAAUUUCAAGAGAUGGGAAUUUCACAGUUAAAAGUACCUACAACAAGCUCACUGAAAAUAGAUUUCAAAAUAAGUUGGUUGUUAGUAAUGUUCCUAAAUAA